UUGUUUUUUAAACCUGAUUAAAUUAUGGUUUAACUUAAAAUCAUGUUGCAUCAACUUUAAAACUGGCUUGAAAUUAAGAAAGAUCACAUUUAAACCUAAACACUACUGCCCCCUUUUUUGUAAACAAAAAAACAGUUAUUCAUUUCCAUUUUUAUAAAUCCACAGGGAGCCACUGGAGAGGAGCUAAAGAGACGCAUGUGGCUCCGAAGCCGCAGGUUGCAGACCCCUGGGUUAACUGAAGACCCUUCAGAUCUGCUUGUUCUGAUGUGUUGACAUGAAACUGUAGUGUCACUGUAGUCAAUGCAAACGCAUCAGAACAGGUGUUAUAUGAUCAAACUUGAGUUUAGUUUGACUUUAUUGUGAAACAGCUGCAGCCUCGUAUCAGCCGUCCCGUCUAAAAGCAGGUAUCCGCAGAGAAGUAGAGCCUGUAAUCCUUUAAGAGGAUCAGGUCUGAGAUCCAGGGGGAAGGGAUAAAGGACCCACUAACUGUCUAUAGUAGCCUGCGCAGCACAUGGCAUCAUCGCUGUCAUCUUGACACAGUGAAAUGUGCUGAGCACUUUGGGCACUUUAGUGGAGUAUUUAUGUCUUUUUAUAGAACAUUAAACAGCGAUGGAGGCCGAGGCUGCGUACCAGUGUUGUUGGAGUCAUUUCCUACAUGGAUCCUGAAUAUUACUGAUACAGCUGAGAGGAGGAGGAGUUAAGACAGCCAUGCCAGUACUGGAGGUGAUCUGCAGCCUGUUUGGCUGGUUCUGUCUCUACCUGGUGUUCCGCUGUACCUUCAUUCAGCGGGGACCCGAGUGGAACUGCCGGCUGGUCACGUUGUCCCACGGCGUCCUCAUCUCGCUGCUGACGGCGUACGUCCUCUUCGUGGACGGACCCUGGCUUUUCACACAUGCAGGUACAGACAACACUGUGCUCCAGACCUUCGCCAUGGCCGUCUGCCUCGGCUACUUCCUCUUCGACAUGGGCUGGUGUGUGCGCUACCACACCGAGGGUCCCAUCAUGCUGGCCCACCACACCGCCAGCAUCGUGGGCAUCCUGCUGGCUCUGUUCAUGGGAGUGUCAGGCUGCGAGACCUGCGGGGUCAUCUUCGGCAGCGAGCUCACCAACCCCCUGCUGCAGACCCGCUGGUUCCUCCGGCAGCUGGGCCUGUACAACAGCCUGCUGGGCGACGCCGUGGACCUGCUCUUUAUCCUACUGUUCGCCACCGUGCGCGUGGGAGUGGGCUCGGUCAUGUUUUACUGCGAGCUCACUUCUCCCAGGACCACGCUGAUAAUGAAGCUCGGUGGCGUGGCCAUGUACGGACUGGCCUGGGUGUUCAUGGUGGACAUUGCCAGGUUUGGCUACAAGAAAAGUAGGGCGAAGUAUAGAAGGUGGCGAGAAAACCACAAGCUCAAAGAAAUCAAAGCACAAAAACUGGAUGGACUCUCAGACAAGAGUGACUGAAACUCAUCUUAAAGAUAGUUAAACUCACAGUUCUUGCAGGGACAACGGCUUACAAAGCUUCUGCAGUUUUAAAGGUGCUACUGUUAAUACUCUGUCAUCAAUAAAUUAACUUUUGCAGCAGUAAUAUUAAUCCAAAAGCAUCAUAUAUAAUAGUAAUAAUAAUAUAAUUGGAAAUAACUGAAAGGGUUAGUUCUGAUUUUUUGAAGUGGGGGUUGUAUGUAUACUCUUACUGUU